AUGAUCGGCGUCACGGACGAAAACGUCCGCGAGAUGGUGUCUCCCAUGUUCGUCUACGCCCUGCUGGAGUUUAUAUCGUUCGUGAUCCUCGUGAUGAUCACGAAGAGGAACUGCGGGAUUCAAGUCGUGUACCAGCUAGCGUUCGUAUUGGAAACGCAGAUGGCCCCCAUUCUGACCAAACUCGUGCUCUGGAUGCUCGUUACGCUCACGUAUCGCAUCGACCAUUUCGUCAUUCCGGAAAAGCCCCUCAUCAAGCCAAGUUGCUCAAGAAUGGUGUCGCUCCUGAGUGUUUUCUCGCUGUUGCUGCUGUACGGAGGUCGGUCGGCCUCGCCCUUAUCGAUCGACGCCAGUCCGGACGUCGUCGCUGCUGCGAGACCCGACGUUGAAGUGGAAUUCGACCUAGACCCCGACUCCAAAGCGGAAUGGGGAGGCUACGCCGCCUCUCGCUCGGAUCGGCCGGUGCUCGAAGGUCGCACAGCGUUCCCUGAUGGGAGCCCAGUGGGGAUCAACAUUCGACCGAUCGGGGGUGCAGCCAAGGUAGAAUCCCCUACUUCAUCCGUGUUGAAAGCCGAAGGAUUCAACUUCGGACGUGGCAUGGCCUACACUGUGACGGAGGACGUGGAGCAAGGCGCCGAGCUGUUGUCACUGCCAAUGAGCAAGGUGAUGAGUGUGGCGUCGGCGGCUAGAGGUAGAGUGGGGCUACUGCUGGAGGUGAACCCGGAUCUACCGCCGGCCAUCGCGUUGGGGCUGCACCUACUGGAAGAACAGGCGCUUGGAGCGAAGUCCAACUUCUCCGAGUUCGUAUCGUCGUUGCCUGGCGUUGAAGCCAUCAACAGCACGCUGUUCUACUCCGAAAACCAGCUCAAGGAGAUGGAGGGGUCUCAGCUGCUGCGCUACACUUUGGGGAGGGCUCAAGCGGUCGAAGCGUUCUACGACGCUCUACUGCAGCCCGUCACGUCGCCGGAGGCUGUCGACCCGCCGAUCUUCAAGGAGCAAGACUUCACUCUCGAUAAAUUCCGCUGGGCGAUGGGCGUCGUCUGGGCGAGCGCGUUCCCAGUGGGAGAAGACGAGGCGGACGUGGUGCUGGCGCCUGUGCUGGACACGAUCGGGAUCUGCACGGACGUCGCCGACGAAGGCGACGAGGCGUGUCCUCCCAAUCAAAUCGAGGUGGACCAGAGCUCGCAGCGCUUGGUCGUGCAUGCGUCGUCACCUCUUGAAAAGGGACGAGAAGUUCGGCUCAGUAUGCCGGGGAAAUCCUCGGCGCAGUUCAUGCUGAACAACGGAUUCGCGCGCGAUCGAGCGUCAAAGAAGCUAGACAAGCUGGAUCUGACGGUGACGCUAGAUCCUAGUGACGCACUAGCGUCGGUGAAGAGCUACUUGCUGCACACGCAGCUGAACGAGAGUGUUAACGCGAGCUACGCCUUGUUCCACGGUAGCUCCAAGAUUGACGACGAGAUCUCCAAGUCGCUCAAGAUGAAGCUGCUGUCUGGAGCGGAGCUGUCGCGCUUUAAGGAGCUGCUGGACCCGAAGGAGGAGGCAGAGAAGCGAAACAUUUUGAGCCUCCGGAACGAGUUCGUCUUCACGCGCGCCAUAAUGUCAACGUGCACGACGCUGCUGCAGCAAUACCCGACUUCAGUGGAGCAAGACCAAGAAGAACUUGAAAAGCUGGCGGACGAAGACACGCUGGAAAGCGCGCGCAAGGCCCACGUGCUGCGCGUACUUCUGAUGGAGAAGCAGAUCCUAAAGCAGACGAUGGACAUCGCACUCGAAGAUUGGAAGGGGCUGGUCUUCUCCUCGCAUCCCAACCUCCAAGAAGUCUAG